AUGGAACAGGUCACCACUCGUUCAACUGACUGGGGCAACUGCACAAAGCCCCCUCCACCCCCUGCCACAACUGCAAAUUCCGCCCCCAUGCCUGCUCCCAGUCGCAGUGUCCACAUCCCACGCGGAAGUUGGCAAGUGAUGGAACAGGUCACCACUCGUAUGACUGACUGGGGCAACUGCACAAAGCCCCCUCCACCAACUCCCACAACUGGAAGUUCCGUCCCCAUGCCUGCUUCCAGUCGCAGUUUCCACAUCCCACGCCCAAGUUGGCGAGUGGUGGAGCAGGUCACCACUCGUAUGACUGACUUGGGCAACUGCACAAAGCCCCCUCCACCCCCUGCCACAUCUGCUCCCGUAGCAGCUGCAGCCACAGCCUCUACCAAGGACUUGACUCCAGGGCCACCGCAGCAGUCCCAGUGGCCUGUAUCUGUGCCUUCUCAGUAA